UCCUACUCUAUAUAUGACGACGAGAAUGAGGUGACAAGACGCCGCCGCACUAAUUAUUGUGAGCCUCCUCCUAUCCACUCGCCUCGUCUCACCCCCGCUUCCAUUUCUUCUCCUUCUUCACUGUCCAGGAGCUGUAAUAUGCUUGGCUUGAUGGCAGCUCCAUGCCAAUCUCCCCAAGGAGGAAAUGAGCUCUACGAUGACUGUGAUCCUACGGUGUACGGAGGCCGGGUCCUGCUGCCCCGGCAGGCCAGCUCGGCGCCACCGGCUGGGCCGCCGGAGCUGUCGACGACGUCCUCGUCGACGGGGUCGGGGAGGACCGCGACGGAGGCAAGGGCACUGAAGGUCCACAGUGAGGCCGAGCGCCGGCGUCGGGUGAGGAUCAACGCUCAUCUCACGGCGCUCAGGAGGAUGAUCCCUGAUACCAAGCAGAUGGACAAGGCCGCCUUGCUAGCCAGGGUGGUGGACCAAGUGAGGCACCUCAAGAGGAGAGCAAGCGAGGCCGCACAGGCACAGCAAAUGCCGGCCGUCCCGCCGGAGGCCGACGAGGUCUCCGUGGAAUUCUGCUGCACCGGGGACACCGACGACGACAAUAGACGCCUGUACAUGAAGGCGUCUGUCAGCUGCGACGAUCGGCCGGACCUCGUCGCCGGUUUCAUCCAGGCGCUCCAUGGCCUGAGGUUGAGGACGGUGAGAGCGGAGGUGACCUCCCUAGGUGGAAGGGUGCGGCAUGUCUUCACACUCUGCAAGGAGGAGGAGGAGGAAGGCAGUGCAGCAGCAGGUCGUGCUGGACUGAAUUCUCUGAAGGAGGCUGUGAGGCAUGCUCUGUCCAAGGUUGCUUCACCAGAGCUGGUGUGUGGCGGCAGUCCGUUCCAGUUCCAGAGCAAGAGGCAGAGGAUUCUUGAGUCGCAUUACUCAAUCAUGUCCAUAUAGAUGAGUACUUCUGGAGUAAUUAUAUUUUUGUGCCAGAAUUGAGGUGUGAACUGCUGUUAGUGCUGUAAGAUAAGAUAGAUAGAUAUCAUGGCAACAGGGUUUACACUGUGUGCCUGACGUAGCAUGGCUGCCGACAUUCAGAUUGCAGAAAUCCUAGAUGGUGACGAUUCA